AUGCUGAAGCCGGGCGAGCCGAGCGGCUCGGCCUUCUUGAAGGUGGACCCGUCCUACCUGCAGCACUGGCAGCAGCUCUUCCCUCAGACGCAGCUGAAGACUCCUCUAGCCCAGCCGCUGCCUCCACCUGACCGCCUUUCCAUCCCCAUGGACAGCCUGCGCCCGUCCCGCCUGCACAGCCACCUCCUGGCCUCCACGCACUGCACCUCUACUUCUACAUCCUCCUCAGCUACUUCUUCAGCAGCAGCAGCAGCUCUCACCCCGUCUUCCUCCAUGUCCAUCUCAACCUCGGCAGGGAUCUCCCAGCUGCCCAUUCCCCAGCAGAUCGCACUAUUCGGGCAGGCAUUGGCCCCGCUGUGUACCGGGCCUGGAGGACCUGGAGGAGGAGACCUAAUGAUGGUCGUGCCCCCGGAGAACCAUCAGGGUCACAACCCAGCAGUGGGGCUUCUCCAUCAGGCCAAAGAGCAGAGCUGUGGGGGUGUUGGUGUGGUGUCGUCCAGCGUGAAGAGCAGCAGUGGAGGAGGAGAGGAGGGCGGCAAAGGAGCGUCCGCCAGGUUCAAGCUAACGUCAGAGGAGCUGGACUACUACCUGUACGGACAGCAGAGGAUGGAGAUCAUUCCACUGAGCAACCACACAGGAGAGCUCAACAACCGUUGUGACAUGUGUGCCGACAACAGGAAUGGCGAGUGUCCGAUGCACGGGCCGCUUCACUCUCUGCGUCGACUCGUCGGCACCAGCAGCACGGCGACUCCCGUCACCAUGCCGGAUGUCCCUGAUUGGCUCAGAGACCUGCCCAGAGAGGUGUGUCUGUGCACCAGUACAGUUCCUGGUCUGGGUUAUGGGAUCUGUGCGUCUCAGAGGAUCCCUCAGGGAACCUGGAUCGGCCCGUUUCAGGGAGUCCCUCUGCUGCUGGACAAACUGCAUUCUGGAGCCGUCAGAAACAGCAGACACCUGUGGGAGAUCUACGAUGCAGAGGGGACAUUACAGCACUUUAUCGAUGGGAAUGAGCCCUGUAAGUCCAGCUGGAUGAGGUAUAUCCGCUGUGCCAGACACUGUGGGGAGCAGAACAUGAUGGUUGUACAGUACAGGUCCUGCAUCUUCUACAGAGCGUGUAUGGAUAUCCCCAGAGGAACAGAGCUGCUGGUUUGGUACAAUGACUCCUACACUUCCUUCUUUGGCAUCCCGCUGCAGUGCGUCGCUCAGGACGAAAACUUAAACGUCCCAGCCACAGUGGUAGAAGCGAUGACCAGGCAGGAGUCCCUCCAAUCCUUCAACAAGAACGGCAAACCCUCCUCGUCUUCUGCUUCGUCCAUCCCCUCCGCCGUCCACAUGCGCUCCAUGGUCUUCCCCCACUCCCCCUGCCCUAGGAAUUUCUCCAUGUUGGACAAGGUUGGGGUUGGGGUUCCAUCAGACUCGAGUUUCGGCCAGUUGGGGUCAAAGAAUCAGCGAGUCCUGGCAAGCCCGACCUCCACCAGCCAGCUAAGCAGUGACUUCAGCGACUGGCACCUGUGGAAGUGUGGCCAGUGCUUCAAAACCUUCACCCAAAGGAUCCUGUUGCAGAUGCACGUCUGUCCGCAGAAUCCAGACAGACCGUACCAGUGUGGCCACUGCUCCCAGUCCUUUUCUCAGCCGUCAGAUUUGAGGAACCACGUGGUGACGCACUCAAGCGACCGACCCUUCAAAUGUGGAUACUGCGGCCGCGCGUUCGCUGGUGCCACAACGCUCAACAACCACAUCCGCACGCACACCGGGGAGAAGCCGUUCAAGUGCGAGCGUUGCGACCGCAGCUUCACACAGGCCACUCAGCUCAGCCGACACCAGCGACUUCCCAACGAGUGUAAACCCGUGAACGAGAGCAGCGAGUCCAUCGAGGUGGAUUAACCGACUGUUUACUGGCUGACACCCCACUAAGGCAGAUACAUUUGAAAACGCAUCUUCUCUCUCUGUUCUGGCUCUCCGUCCACACAAACACACAUUCAUAUCACCUGAAAGUGAAGAUUCUUAUAAAUCUGAAAAUCAAGACUUCAUGUUUUACUAGAAAUUCAUAACAAGUAACGUCAGUUUUGUCCCAGGAAUCAUAAUCAGCUUUAAUGGCCAAGUGUGUGAACACAUACAAAAAAUGAUUUGUUGUUCUCAAUCCUGUACUGACACAGAAAUAGACAUACAGGUAAUAUAUAUACUAUAUAUGCUAUUUAAUUAAUUCACUAUAUGUUAGUGAAGCCAGAGAGCUCACAGUGAAACUGGAGGCCUUGAUCAAUACUUAGUUAAUGAGUUCAUAAUGUAUAGACAGCGGAUGGUUUGUGUGAUCAACAGCUGCCUGUGAAGAUUAACGUCACUGAUAAUGCCAGUACACAUCCAAAGUACUUGUACUUGAGUGUUUCCAUUCUAUGCAACUUUAUACUUCCACUACGUCUCAGAGGUACAUCUUGUACUCUUUACUCCACUACAUUUGUCUGACAGCUUUAGUUACUUUACAGAUUACAUUUAUUCUGCACAAUGAAUACUUUUACUUUCAUACUUUAAGUAUGUGUCGCUGAUUACAUGCGUUUAAUCAGGUUUUGAAAGCAGGACUUUUACCUGUAGUGGAGUAUUUCUGUGGGGUAUUAGUACUUUCUCUAGAUAUAAUGGAAGUGUAUCUAAUCUGUAACGGCAGAGAGCAGGACAAACUGGAAAAGUACAACACAAGUACUGGUCAAAGGAUUUGUGGAAGUACAUUUAAUUAGACAUCUUUAACCCAUCCUGUGAUUACUCAUUUUAAAUAUGAAUACAGCUCAUCACAGGAUACGGGUGUUAUUAAAUAUUUAUAUUCAUGACCAGGACAAACUGAUGAAAUUGUCUCAGUGGGUAAACAAGUAGCAUUUAGGAGCCAUCAUAUCACUAUUUCACACGUGUUUGGUUUCAACAAUUUUGUUGUUGGCUGAUUAAUAAAGGAAGACAGAGGUGUUAAUGUUUCAGUGUGGACGGAGAGCUCGAGGAAAAAGACCUGAAAAUGUACGUGGUUCUGUCAGAGCGUUUUCAGAUGUAGCCGCUUUAGUGUGAACACUAACUCCUGACUGACUGACUGACUGACUGACUGACUUGUGGAGAGGAGACACUUUAAAGCCACGUUCAUCCUGCUGAAGAGAAUCCUGAUUCAACCAAACCAAAGAUCCUUUUUUUCCCAGCAGAGAAGAAGAACUUUCAGUUGAAGCGGUCGGAAUAACGAAUUUAGCGUUUUUUUGGACGAGAAUAUUUAUUGGAGACUUUUUGGGAAUCCUGUCAAGUUUCCCUCCAAAGAAAACUUUCUUGAAACCGGGACAAAAACAAUGAAAUACCAAAAAAUUCAGACUCUGUCUGUAGCUUUACUUCUCGGUUUCUUUCUUUCUUUAUUGCAACAGCGAUGCCAAAGGAGGGCGCGACCAAAGCAAACCAACUGCAGAAUGCACAACGAGCAACAUCACGAGCGACUGAGGACGACGCUCGAAUUUUACAUCACACAAUGAACAAAACAAAUUGACGAGGAGUAUGUAUUGUAAAAAAAGAAAAGAUAACAAAAGAAAAGAAAAAGAACGGACAAAACAAACAUAAAUUAUAUUUAUCUUCUUGCUCAUAUCAUGCUUCGGGCACUUUUGAUUUAAAAUGUUGAUAAUUUAAUUUUUGAUGCCGGCAAAUGUAAAGGAGGGAAUUUCUGAAGGCAUUAUGGAUGUGAUUUCUUAUAGAAAUAAUCCCACAGCUCAUAAGAAAUGUGUUAAAUAUGAAGUUGACACAGCAUGUGUUUGAAAAUGUCAGAUUGUUUUUUCUUGUCUUUUCAUUUAAAGCGUUUUCAGGGUCAACAUUUCUUCUUCUUUUUAUUUGUCAGAUGAGUAUAAAGAUGAUGAUCUGAUCAUCUGAGGCACAAACCAUCAUAAAAACCAAAAAAGGGCAAAUGUUUCUGAAUUUAAAAACACUUUCUCAUCUCUCUCAUGACACGUGUUUGUCUCAUAGAGUAUAUUUGCUGUGCAAUGCGAGUUUGAAUCCAUUCACAAGCAGUCUCAGAAGUGUAAAUAGUCCUGUGUCAUUACAAAACACUUUGUAUUAAGAUGAGUGAGAGGAAAAGCACCGUUAUUACAUGAACACCAAAUAGGUUUUUGUGCCUGAGAGUUAAAAAAGCUUUACUAAUGAUUAUAAUGUGUAACUUCUCUUCCCAAAGAACCUGGUGGAUGUAAAUCUACAAUACAAACCAAAACACAAAGAGUUGUUUUAUUGCAGGAAAACACAUUUGACUUUAUUUACACAAACGUCUGUGAGAGUUCCUGAGCAGCUUCAGUCAAAGAGUCCGGAUCAAGCUUUGAUUUAUUCAUUGUGAGUAUAAAGUGCGUAAGUGGAAAAUCUGCACGACUGUAACUUGUUCAACGUGCUGCAAUUAAUCAGAAGCUUUAUUUAACGUGCCACUGUAAAGGGAAAGUGAAGUUAUAUUAUGUACUUUGCAACAGUUGGAAGUAUCUGUCAACUUUUAAAGUUUUGUACAUGAAAUUUAAAGUUACCACCUUUCAUAUGUGAACAUAUUAAGCAAACACCUGUGUGAUGUCAUCAUUUAAAAACUGCUCAAAGUAACGAAUGGAAAACUAUCCCUUAAUUCACACGGAUAAACCCUACUUAGGAAGAUGUCUUCCAUUGGGCUGUGAACACUUUUACAGAAGUAUUUCCACUGAUGAAGAGUUUUAUUCCCAAAACUUGACUUUUAGCCACAGAUCAUCAAGUGUUGCUUCAGUAAAUAAUAAAACAUAUUCCUGUAUUUCAGAAGCUUUAUCUCCAUGUAUCAGCUGUAAUGUGAUAAUAAAUCCUGAGGGACGGCACGUUGGAGCUGCACAUGCUCGUCAAACUCUUACAGACGUUUGUUUGCUACUGAAGUAAAGCAGAGUGACACUCUUUAUUCAGAGUGCAGAUUGAUCCAAUGCUGUAUAUAUAGAAAAAUACAAACUAUGGGAUUGUAAUAUGAUGAA